UUUAAAAAGACAAGUAUGGAAGUGGAAAAAUAAUGCCAUCUCAGCUUACAUUUUCGAGUCUUGGCAAAUCAUAUAUCAGAAAAAAUGUCUAGUCUUACUGUUCCAGCAGAUGUUCCUUCCGUUAAUGAAGACUGUGAACAACUUCGAUCUGCCUUCAAAGGAUGGGGAACAAACGAGAAGUUGAUUAUAUCAAUUUUGGGUCAUAGAAGUGCUGCUCAACGUAAAUUGAUUAGAGAGACUUAUGCUGAGACUUUUGGAGAGGAUCUCCUUAAAGAGUUGGACAGAGAACUUACCAAUGAUUUUGAGAAAUUGGUGGUAGUGUGGACACUAGAUCCUGCAGAGCGCGAUGCUCAUUUGGCUAAGGAAGCUACUAAGAGAUGGACAAAAAGCAACUUUGUUCUUGUGGAGAUAGCUUGUACCAGAUCUCCUAAAGAACUGGUUUUGGCAAGGGAAGCUUAUCAUGCUCGUUACAAGAAAUCUCUCGAAGAGGAUGUUGCUCAUCACACUACCGGGGAUCACCGCAAGCUCUUGGUACCUCUUGUGAGCUCCUACCGAUAUGGAGGAGAUGAGGUGGACUUGCGCCUUGCUAAAGCAGAAGCUAAAGUGCUGCACGAGAAGAUCUCCGAUAAGGCUUACAGUGACGAUGAGGUCAUUAGAAUUUUAGCCACGCGGAGCAAAGCGCAAAUCAAUGCUACUUUGAAUCAUUACAAAGAUGCAUACGAAGAGGAUAUCCUAAAGCAAUUGGAAGAUGAGGAUGAGUUUGUUGCACUAUUGAGGGCCACCAUAAAAGGCCUUGUCUACCCCGAACACUAUUUCGUGGAGGUUCUUCGUGAUGCCAUUAACAGGAGAGGGACAGAGGAAGAUCAUCUGACCCGAGUUAUUGCAACAAGGGCUGAAGUUGAUUUGAAAAAUAUCGCUAAUGAGUACCAGAAGAGGGAUAGCAUCCCUCUUGGUCGUGCCAUUGCCAAAGACACAAGGGGAGAUUAUGAGAGUAUGUUGUUGGCUCUGCUUGGACAAGAGGAGGAAUGAAGAGGAUUUGCUCACCUCUGUUUUAUAAUGACCAGAAUAAAUAUAUGCUAUCCCCUAUAUUUGAGAGUUGGCAUCAGUUUGAUGAUUUGAGUGUACUCUGUUUCACUUGAGCUUUUAGUCCUCUGUUUUUCUUGUGAGAUACUUUGAAUAUGCAACCUUCUGCUAUCUAAAUAUGUUUUUUUGCAAUAA